UUUGGCGCUUGGUGUCUCUGGAUGCUCUGGAUGUUCCGCGCGCAAUGUAGUAAAAGAUCGUUCAGCAAGUCGUCAAUUUAAAUUCAUUUGUUGUAACACGUGUCAGUGGGUAGUUAUAUACUUAUUGAAUAUUGUUAUUAUUUAUGUAAAUAUUUUUAAACUAAUAUUUUAAUAAUAAAAAAUGUUACGAGAAUCAGUUGAAGAACUAGCCGGAAAACCUGAUGGCAAAAAUCGUAUCCACAUUGAAACAAUAUCGGUUGAUUCUCCACUUCGUAGAAGUUCGCGAAUUAAGCAAAACCUUAACAAAAUGAAUUUUCACCUGAAUCGUCUCUAAGCGACACUAAUAAUAUACAAACUUCAAAGAGUCCAAGACGACGAUUAAUUACCAUGGACAAUACGGCUUCUAUUGAAAAUCAAAGAAAUUUACGUUCUAGGACAAAUUCUGUAUCUUCAGAUAUUAGCGAAGUCCUAGAAAUAGGUAUUGGUACACCAACAAGAAAAACUAAAAGUAAUACAUCUAGUGAUAAUAAAAUGAUAGGUAGUCGAAGAAGUAAACGCCUUGUAAGAGCUGGAUCAGAAGCAAAUUCACCACCAUCAGCAACAAGAAACACACGUAAUACAAGAGCUAGUUCUAUGGGACCUGAAGCUACAUCUGAUAAACUAACAGAAAAACGAAACAAUGAAUUAACAACAUCUAUUAGAACAAGAAGACGAUCUUCAUUAAUAUUUUCAGAAGUAACUACAGAAGAAAAAGGAAUAUCUAUGAAAAUUCCUAGAGUAACAUUAAAUCGUACAUUACCUGAUAUUAAUGAAAGUAUACAAUCAGACUCAAAAAAUUCUCUUAAACCUAUAGAAGAAAAAGAUGAUUCAUUAUCAUUUUCUAAAAACAAAUAUGAUACAAGCCAUAACAGUAUACGUGAAAAACACUUAGAUAAUGAUGUUAAGAUAACACAACAGAAUGCUCCAGAAAAUUCUUCAAAUAAAAUUGAAGAUGUUGAGAAGAAUUUAAUUGUGGAUAAUAAAAAAAUACCAGAUAAUAGUAAAAAUGUAGAACUAGAAAAUAAAAAAGCAUUGUCUCCAGAUAUUACAAUAAAAGAAAAAUCAGAUAAAUCUCAAAUACUUUCACAAAAUGAAAACCAAAAUACAUCCAUGAAAUCAGAACUUGAGAAUUUAAAUGAUACUUUGGAAAAACAUGAAGAUCAUAGUAAUAAAAAGAUUCUUACAAAUAUUGAUUUACAAAACAUGAAUAAUACACAACAAAGUUCACGAUCUAGUUUAACUUCAAAUAAUUCAAAUGAAGAUAAAUGUAAAUCUCCUUGUGUUAAAAUAAAUUUAACACCAAAACAUUCUAAAAAAUUAUCAGAUGUGUCAAAUGAUAAUGAUAAUGUUUCUGUAAAGAAAAUUGAAAGUGACACCGAUUCAAUUAAUAAUUUAUCUGUUAAAAGUAUUUCAAUAAAUCAGGAAGAUAAUUCUGAUAAUAUGCAAAAAUUAGUUAUAAGUCCAGAAACAGAGUCAGGCAAUAGCAAUCUAUAUAAUGAAAAUUCAGAUAAAAAUCUUUCUAUUCAUAUAAAUGAUAAUAAAGAAGACAUAAAUACAGUAAAUGAUAAUGAAUCUAUAGAAAUUAAUUCUAAAUUAAAUAAAGAAUCAAAAGAAAUUGAUAAUAUGAAUAUCAAAAUGGAUAUUUCAAGUGAAAAAGAAAGCAUGAAUGAGGAUGAUUUUGAAAAAGAUAGUACAAAUCAAUGUAAAAUUACAAAUGAUCAAUGUGAAAUUGAAAUAAAUAUUAAAAUGGAUAUUUCAAGUGAAAAGGAAAGUAUGAGUGAAAAUGAUUCUGAAAAAGAUAAUACAAAUCAAUAUGAAAAUACAGAUGAUCAAUGUAAAAUAAAAAAUAAAAAUAACGAAUCAAAUACAUCAGACAUUGUAUACGAAAAUGAUGAAAUAAAUUGUACGAAAGAGAUUUUAUCACCUAAAUUAAAUAAUAGAGAAUUAUCGAAUUCAAUAGACAUGAAAUUAAUUUCAGAUAUUCAUAACUCCAGCAAAUCAAAACAUGAAGAUACGAAUUAUUUACAAAAAAUAGUUGAAACGAAUAAUUCAUCUUCUAAUCUAUCAAAAUCUUUUAAUACUUACGUGAAUUCAGAGGAUUUAAUAGUAACCAAUAUAAAAGACGACAAUGUAACUAAUUUGAACAAAAAUAGUUAUCCUGUUACAGAAUCUUCUAUUAAUUUUAUUCAAGUAGCAUCUGAAAAAAAAGGAAAUUUAGAAAAAGAUUUUGUAUUAGAUAAUUCUACUGAUUCUUUGAUAUUGAAGAAACAAACAAACGAAUUACAAUCAAAAGAAAAAUAUCCAGAUAUCAAUAAACCAAUAUCCAAAGAGUAUCAAGAAAAGAUUAAAAUUGAUGAUAAUAAUUCUGAUACAAAUAUGACAGAUUUAUUUCAAGACAUUCCAGCUACCGAAUGGAAAGAAAAAAAUAAUGAACAUGAUAAAAAUUCUGAACGUUUGUCAACUGAAAAAUUGGAAAAUCAGAUAGAAAGCGAUUAUGAUCUUAUUUUAGUUGAUAAAGAAGCAUAUUCAUCUGCAGAAAAACUAAAAAGAGAAAAAGAAGUAUUUGAUUAUGAUUCAGAUGAUACUGUUAUAUUAAAAAUGCAAAGAGAUUCCAUGAAAGCAGAAAAUGAUGCAGAAAUAUUUAUGAAUAUGUCAGCAAAUAAAUGUAAAUUAAAUGAUAGCAAAAAUAAAUCUUCUACUAGCAAUAAACGACAAAGUAUAAAAGAUAAAAAGAAAAAGAAAAAAGAAGUAAAAAGUGAUAUAGAAAAUGCAGAAGAAGAUAUAAAAUUACAAAAUAAACGUCUAUCAGAUCGAAAAUCAUUGAGAGAUAAAACAAGAAAAAAAUUGAAAAAAAAUUAUUCAACAACAGAUAAUGUUUCAUCAGACUCUGAAAAAAGUAAAGAUAUUUCUGAUUUAGAUGAUACACAAAAAAAAUUCAUGAACAUACCUAAAUUUUUAUUUGCCGAAACCAGCGAUAGUGAAAACAAUGAUAGUGAAUCUAAUAAUAGUAUAGAUUCUGAUAUUCAAAAGGAAUAUAAUUUUCACGGUAAAAAUAUUUCAAAGUUUUCCGAUGAUGAUAUACCAGGAGAUGAAUGUAGAGCAUCAGAAACGGAAUCAUCAGAUCCAGAUGAUAAUGGAUCAGAUAUGGCAGAUUUUAUAGUUGAUGAUGAUGAAGUUGAAGAAGAAGAAGAAAAAAGUGAAGAGAAAGAAAAUGAAGAAAUUGAAAUUGAAGAAAAGCAAAAUAAAGAAAAUGAAGAAGAGAAAGAUGAAGAAAUUGAAAAUAAUGUUAAGCUAGAUAUUGAAGAGAAUGUUAAAAAAAAUAAGAAAAAGGGCAAGGACAAAAAGCGAGAUCAAAAUAUUGAAAAAUCAUUAAAUGAAUCUCAAAUAAUAUUAAAUAAAAAAAUAAAAGAUCUUGAUGUCAAAAUAGAUAAUUCAAAAGAAAACAAUGAAUCAAUGGUAUAUAGUACACCUAAAAUUAAUUUAUCUAACAAAGAAAAAUUUAAUAUUAAAACUUAUGAUGUUCAGAAAAAUUUGUCUCUUGACGAGGAAAAAGAUAUAACGCUAAAGAAAAAAUUAAAAAAAUUAAAAAAUAAUGAAAGUCUCGCGCAUAGAAGUCUUCCAUCUGAAUUAAUUGAAUUUGUAACAGAAACAAAUCUAUCAAGGCCAAUGUCAUCUAAAGUAUUAGGAUUAAAUAAAACAACAUUAGUUUUGGGAAGUGACACACCUACAACAAGAUACUUGAAGAAAGAUAAAUUAAAUGAAAGUGCACCAAUACUGAAAUCAGAUACCAUGUUUAAAGAAUUAACAAAUACUAUUAAUAGUAGUAAGAAAAACGUUCAAGUUGAAGAAGAAAAUGAAGACGACAAUGAAAAAAACAAAAAAUAUCUAAAGAAGUAAAUGAUUCGUUAAAAAAGAAAUUAUUUAAUGUAGCAAACAAUAUAUUAGAAAAUGAUCGUAAAAAAAAACGGAAAAAACAAAAACAAUCAACAGUACAAGAAACAAUUAAUCCUAUAUUAUUUGAAAAUGAUUUUCAAUUGAAUAAAAAUGCAGAUAUGUUAAAGAAAACAAAACAAAUUGUUCCUUUUAUUAAUACUAAUGAUGAUAAUAAUGAUGAAAUAGGAAAAGUAAAAGAUAAAAUAAAAAAGAAGAAGAAAAAAAAUAUAUGAAAAUAAUGUUCAAAUGGAACAUCAAAUAUUUGAAAACAUUCUUGAAACAAAACCAGACAAUCUUGAUAAAAAAAUACAUAAUGAAGUAAAAAAGAAGAAGAAAAAAGAAAAAAUAAUUGAAGAUGUUUCAAAUUUGAUAAAUAUAAAUGAAAAAACUAAUGUAGUAAAGAAAAAGAAGGAAGCUUUAGAUGUUUCUUCAAUAUCUAAUAAUAUGUCAAAUGAACAAUUACGUAAGAAAAAAAGAAAAAAGAAACAUGUAAUAUUGAUGUACAAAUGAAAGAGAAGAUAUUCGAAGAUAUUAUUCGAUCGGAAAAUUAUGAUGAAAAAAUAUACAAUGAAGUAAAAAAGAAAAAGAAAAAAGAAAAUACAAUUGAAAAUGUUUCAAAUUUAAUAAAUAUAAAUGAGGAGACUAACAUAACGAAAAAGAAAAAAAAGGUUUUAGGUAUUCUAUUAAAUAAUAAUAUUUCAAAUGAGCAAUUAUCUAAAAAAAAUAAGAAAAAGAAAGCAUAUGAUACUGAUGUACAAUUAAAACAAAUAUUUGGAAAUACUAUUGAAACAAAAGCAGAAAAUUUAGAUGGAAAAAUACAUUCUGAAGAAAAAGAAAAAAGAAAAAAGAAAAAAGAAAACACAAUUGAAAAUGUUUUAAAUCUGUCAAAUACAAAUAAAAAUACUAAAAUAGUAAAAAAGAAAAAAAUAUCAGACAUUUUAUCGAAUAAUAAUAUUUUAAAUGAGCAAUUAUCUAAGAAAAAGAAGAAACAGAAAACAUAUGAUACUGAUGUACAAAUGAGAAAGCCAAUAGUGGACAAUGUUAUCGAAACAAUAUCAAAAAGUCAUGAUGAAAAAAUAUAUAAUAAAUUAAAAAAGAAAAAAAAA